UCAGUUCCGGGGAAAAUAUGCCUCGGGUCAGGAAAAGUUUAUGACCCGUUGAUUAUUUGUGUAUUGCAGACGACACAGGUAAAAUAUUUAUAGUGUAGCAUCAGCGAAAAUACAUUAACUUCAAGGCCAACAAAAUGGCGAACGAAAAGCAGCCAGCGAAAACCAAAAGAAAAGCAGUAACCGAGGAUACAUUACUUGUCAGUGUAUUGAAAAGAUAUUUCAAAUAUGCAGGGGCUGCUGUGGCAAUCUGGGGAUUUGGUUACUAUCAAUUUAGCCCAGCAUGGAUUUUAUUAGGACUUGUUGUUGUUACUUGGAAGGAAAAACAUAACAAGUUGCAACAGAAAAAGAUAGAGAUUUCCCAACAUGCUGCAAAGAAUGAAAAAGAAGCAAUUUUAGCAAGAGUUGAGGAUUUGCCAUCUUGGGUGUUUUUCCCAGAUGUAGAAAGAGCAGAAUGGGUGAACAAGAUGGUUGCUCAGAUGUGGCCAUACAUCGGAGAGUAUGUGAGGGAACUUUUGAUGACAUCAGUACAGAAGACUGUACAGGACAGUGCAAGUGUGAUGGGAUCUUUCAAAUUUAUCAACAUCGAUCUCGGAGACAUUCCUCCAAGAAUAGGUGGUGUAAAAGUAUACACAGAAAAAGUGAAGAGAGAUGAGAUUUACAUGGAUCUUGAUUUAAUAUAUAGUAGUGAUUGUGAGAUUGAAGUGAAGGUAAAGGGAGUGACAGCUGGAAUCAAAGAUUUACAGCUUCAUGGUACCGUACGUGUGAUAUUUAAACCUUUGAUUAAUAAGGUUCCUUUCUUUGGCGGUCUCAGUGUCUUCUUUAUGAAUAAUCCGUCAAUUGACUUCAAUUUGACAAGUCUUGCAAAUGCUCUGGAUCUGCCAGGAUUAAAUGAUAUGUUACAGACGAUUAUACAGGAGAACAUUGCAAACAUUAUGGUGUUGCCAAACAGAAUUGUUGUCCAGACAGCACAGGGUCUAGAAGUCAGCAAACUCCGUUAUCCUCAGCCAGAUGGUGUACUGAGGAUAUAUGUUGUGGAGGCCAAGGAUCUUGUCAAGGCUGAUCUGAGUGUUUUAGGCAAAGGCAAAUCUGAUCCGUACUCUGUUGUUAGAGUUGGAGCUAUGAAGUUCAAGACACAUGUGAUAAAUAAUACAGUAAUUCCACAGUGGAAUAGAGUGUUUGAGACUAUCAUAGAUGAGAAAGAUGGACAAUUUAUGGAUGUAGAAGUGAGAGAUGAGGAUCCAGGCAGCAAAGAUGAUAAGUUAGGAAAUGUUUCUAUUGAACUGUCUCCAGUGGCGGAAAAGGGACUUAUAGACAAUUGGUUACCAUUGGAGAAUGUGAAAUCAGGGAAGCUGCAUCUGAAACUCGUAUGGUUGUACCUGUCCAAAAAUCCACAAAUGUUAAAUAAGCAAAUAGCAUCCAAUAGAGUGGACAACAAGAAGAAGGACACUGACGACCUGUCAUCAUGUAUACUGAUGGUGAACGUGGACUCCGCACGGGAAUUACCGCUGCUGUCCCAGGACUCGUUUAUGAGGUCCAAGAAGAUGUCGGAACCAUCACCAUAUGUGAUUGUAAAUGUUGGACAGAAAACUGAGGAGAGUAAGGUAGUGAAUGAUUCAACUGACCCACGCUGGGAACAAGGCUUCCGAUUCUUGGUCAACGAUCCAAAUUUCCAGACUGUUGAUUUCAAGUUAAUGGAUAAGAAGACAGACAAACAGAUUGGUGAGAUGACAUAUUCUCUUAAGAACCUUAUGUCUGCCCCAGACAUGGAGGUGGACAGAUUUUUCCCUCUAAAGAAAGCCGAGGGUAAUAGUGAACUCUCACUGAGACUGGCUUUGAGGGUACUGACUACAGAGCAAAGUGUGGUAGAUGAAAGCGAGAAUCUCAUGACGGAACCCAUUCCUGAUGCCAAGGAAACAGAUCUGGAUGAGGCAGCCACAAAGGACUCUACUAAACCGGCUCCAGCACCAAGCUCUGCAGGAGCCAAAGCUGGUGGGCCAAUCAAACCUGUUUCAGUAGAGACAGUUAAGGCUGCGUCCCCCCAGGCUCAAGGACAAAUCAUACCUCCUGCCAAGUCCCCGAGUCAGGAGAGAGAAACUGAAGUGAGACAGAGGAAGACACCAUCUGUAUCAAGUACUGAAAGCAACCUCGGAGCAUACAGGUUAGGUAGGAUUCAGAUCACACUCAGAUACAGUAUGCAGAGAGGGAAACUUAUUGUUGUUGUCCAUAAAUGCACUUCCUUACUAGCAUGCGACAAGGACCAUUUCUCAGAUCCUUACGUAAAGAUGUACCUUCUUCCUGACAAGGGAAGUAGCAGCAAAAGAAAAACAAAAACUGUUAACAAUAAUCUCAACCCGGUCUUUGAUGAAACAUUUGAAUACAGCGUCACACCUCAGGAGUUGCCAGAACGCAGCCUUGAGAUAACAGUGAAGAAUGAAACUAGCAUGUUCUCAUCCAGUCAGAAGGAAUUGGGCAUGGUUUUGAUUGAACUGAACAAAAUGGACAUUUCCAAAGCAUCCACUGAAUGGUAUGACCUGUGUCCAGAAGAUCAGAUUGGGAAGAAAGAAAUUGAAACAGACAUCUAGAGUGGGGACAGAUUGUGUUAACAAGGACUCGAGUCAUCUCGAGAUACAAAGUAUAACAUUUUUAGAGGAACAAAAAUACUCUUCUUACAACCUAUAGCUUCCUACAGAUGCAAUAUAAACAUUUGUGUUUUUGUCAUGUUGAAAGUUGUGUAAUACAUCUCAUUUGUAUGCAUUUAUAUGUUUUGCAAUUCAUUUCCGAAAAUAUAUGUAAAAUCGUUGAUAUUUAUCGUUCUGAUCAACACAAUAUCUAGCAUUUAAUUACAGCUUAUUCUGAAAUUUUGCAUCUUCCACGAAAAUUAUUUGCAUAUUUUCUUAUCUGUGAUCAAAAAGCACAAUAUUUUUUUCCUUAUUGUUUGGAGAAACUUGUGAAUUCUGAUUUGAAAUGACUCAGGACAUGACUCAGUUUAACAGGAGAUUAGCAUAGUCAGUAAAUCACAUCAAAGAUUUAAAUUUUUUAUGUUUGUAAAAUAAAUGUUCAGUUAUUUUGUAUGUAAACAAUUUCAUAGUGCCUACAUAAUGUACAAAAUAAUUUCGUUGAAAUGACUGCUUUGUGAAUGGUAGAAUUUGUUUUAUUCUUAAUAAAAGAAAUUAAGAAAUUUUAUUCCUAUGAAAAGUACUCUUUAAAAAAGUGUAGAAAAAAAAACAUUGUUACUUAAGUAAUUGAAUUUUGUUAACGAGUAUUUUAUAUGGUCAAGGACAGUUUGUUAUAUCUUGCCUCUAUUUUUGUAGCACAUGUACAUUCAUAUAUAUAUAUCACAUUAUAUUUAGAAAUAUAUGCGUCAGUCAAGGCAUAUCAGUAUCUACACAAUGCAAGAUAUUUAUGCACAUAUCGACACUGUCUCCAUACAGAGUUUUUCAAAACUAAAGAUAUCCUCUGGAUAGACUUUCCCCUUACCAAAUUUUGAGAGAAUGCUAUCUAUCUGGCUUGCAGAAUGUCAGUGGUUUUCACCCAGGAGUCCACCUGUCCCUGAAAUAGCGCUCAAAAUGGUUUCUAUGUUUAUAGCAAUGAAUCAAGAAAAAAUGCAUUUGAUACUGCAUGGCAAAUUCUAUUGUUUAUAAGGCAGUUUCUUACAUAUUGAUCAAUUUAUGUGGUACAUAUAGUUCAAAAAUAGAAGAAAUUUACUCUCUGAGACAGUUUAUUCACUGAAUAGAGUUUUAGGCCAAUUAUUGACAGAUAUGAUUUUAAUAGCUUAUAGUGAAUGUUACAUUUAGUUUUAGGAGGGCUUAUAGCGAUCUGACGUGCUUGAGUGCACAGCUACACAUGCUUGUAAAUGUUGUUACUUAAUCAUAUUGGACUUGUUUUGGGCAGCGUUUAGUUUUUAGUGGCACCAUUCAAAGGAAAGUUCAGUGGACAUACGUAAAAGUCCUUUUAUAUAGUUUGAAAAUGCAUGUAAUAAGAAAUAUACAACAUUUGAGUGAAAAAAAAUAUUACUGAGAAAGAAGGAUAAAUUUCCUGUGAACAGUAGAAAAAUUGAAUUAAUUAAUAAAAAGAAUCAUGGUUUCAUACUGAAAUACUUCAUCAUAUCAGUUUUUCAAAUCUGUCUGGUACAAAUGACUUUCCAGCUAGUUUAAAACACAUUUGGUUGAUAAUGGUAUUCCAUGUGGUGUCUUGAAAUUUGUAUUCAGUACAUGUUCAAGGUCAGGGUCUCUCAGAUUCUGAGAUACAGUGUCAUAGUUAGCCUUAUGUGAUGAAAAAAAAAAAGAUAUAUUUUUAAUGAUAUCAAAUUUGGUAUGUGAUACAUAGACUUGUCCCCAUGACAUACAAGAACGAAUUUUUUGUCUCCAGUAUAUCCGGUUUUUUGAAGAGACUUUUUAAAUAACCUGUAUAGUUUUAUAGUGCUUUUAUAGGGAAAUUUAAUUUUUUUAGAUUUAUUAUGUAGAAGGGAUACUUUAUAUGUAUAAUUAUGAUAUUAUGUAGAUUAAUUGAUCUUAUAUUUAGAUAUUAUGUGAAGGUUAGGGCCAUUGAUAUUGUGUAUUGGAAUAAUUAGAGAAUUGUCUGUGAUUUUGGUGUUAUAUAAUAUGGUUACUUUAAUAUAGAAACAACAUGGGUAUUUCUUGAUCUGACCAUAUGGCCAAUUUUCAUUUAAGUCUAUGAAAAAUUAACCACUUCAGUAGUCUAUAAAUGUAAUACUGGUUGCCUAAAUCUAUGCUGUGUUUUUUUUUCUGUAUAAAGUUUGACUGUGUUUCUCUGGGUUACUGACUUUCCAUGAUUUGCAUUGCAGAGACAUGUAUAUCUUACUAGUAGUAAGUUUGCAACUAAAUAUGUAUGGAUAGACAGUAAAAGAAAAGAAUAGUCUUGACAAAGCAUCUUGUUUGAAACAAUGAAGAUAGUGUCAUGUAUUUUAUGUAUGUUGACCGCUCUGCUUCUGUACUACUAUUUUAUAUAUGCAAUUGCUUUUUUGUUAAGUUUAGAAAUUCUUUUUUUCUUCAAUACUCGUACAUUAUUCAGAUUUGGACCAAGUCUUUCAUGCUUCCUCAUUAAGUCUGAUUUUAUUGCAUGAUGCACACUUUGACAGAUAUUUACAAUUAGUCUAUUACACACUUAAGUUGCAUUUAGGGCGAUAUUUGGGCAUUCAGAUAGAAUUGUUUUACUUUUAUAUGCAAAGGUAAUCUGUUUUUGGGGUGUGAGAGGAUAAGUGAUGAAAAAAAAAAACACAAAAAAAAACCCCUCAGAAAUUACAUGUAAAUCGUUAAAGUGUAAACUUCAUACUUUUGCAAUUUUUUCUUUCUUAUAUUUCUGUUACUAUUUCUACUAGCUCAUCUUUUUCUAUUUAAAUACAUUUCAUCAAAUCAGUACUGCAUUAUCAUAAAGAAACAGUCAGCCACUUAUUGCAUUUAGAUGAUGAAAUGUAAAAUGAUAUUUCUACAUUUUAUGUUGCAAUAAUUAAUAUGUUUUAAUCAGUUUUUCUUCAAGUCUUUUCCCUUUAACUGCAAGGCAUUUUGUGUAUUUUUUUUUCAGAUUUUAAAUUAUCAGUAUAGUGUUAGAAGAAUUUUUCUAGGCUGUACUUUUUCUUGUAUAGAUAGAAAGAAAAACAUUUUUGAUAGUAAAUGUAGGAAAAAUAUCAAUAUAUUUUGGGCAUUGAAAGCACAUCGAACUCAAGUCUAUUUGCUAGUUAGUAGGUUACACAGAAAACCCAGCAACCAAAGAAUCAAAGAUAACUUAAAGAAGUUUAUAUAUAUACCCUGGAAAAAACAUUACUCAGACCAGAGAUAAUAGAUCAGUUUUCAAGUGUUUCCAUUUUUCAGGAGUUCCAUUUAAGAGGGUUUCCACUUUUAAGAUUGCUUUACCCUUUUUUCAAGAACACUGUAUGAUAUCCACUAUUGUAAGAUCACAACUUUACUACAGUCAAAAUGUAAAUUGUUUUUUUUUCUACAAGAAUGUAUAAGAAACAGCUGUUAUUUUUUGCUGUGUCUCAGUGGCUUGUAUAUUUCUGCGAUGGAAAGAUUUUGUCUAUUAAUAUUAUGCUUUUACCAUCUAUCGCUAUCUGGAAAAUUAAGUAGGAUCUGAUUUUCAUUUAUGUAAUCUUACCAGUGGUAACAGAUCUACAAUUAGUUUUGUACAUAUACACUCAUAUAUGAAUAUAAUACUGGGUUGUUGCUUACCUUUUUCUAUAUUUUAUUUUAACACAUUUAUGCAUACUUGUUAGUGAUAUUAAAUACACUCUAAUGCUUAACAA